UAUCUCUCAGACAAGGUAAAAGCCACAGGAGGUGGUGAUGCACCAGAAGACGUCUUAGGCGGUCUCGAUGCUGCCAUUGAUAAAAUGAAAUGGACUCACAGAACUCGUGUUCUUCUCCAUUUAGGGGAUGCACCACCACAUGGUCGCCGUUUUACAAAUAAAUAUGAUGCCUAUCCAGAUGGUGACCCAAAUGGCUUAACCGCAGAAAGUGUGUUAGAAAAAAUUCAAUCAGAAGAAAUUCUUUAUUAUUUUGGGAAGAUUACAAGUCUAACCGAUAAAAUGAUCGAUGUAUUCCGCGAUAUAAUUGGUGAAUUCUUGAUAUUUGAUCUCAAUGUGGAUGGUGAGGAUCCAAAGGCAUUAACUACAAAACUUUUUGAGGCUGUCUGUUCAUCUAUAACCUCCUCCGUAAUAUUGACAAGUUCCGAAGCGGAAAAUAUUUACAGACGCAAGCGGAAGAAUCUUGAAAAAGACCCACAAAAACCUGCUGAAUGGGACACUCUCCCGACCGAAACUGGAAAACUUUUGCAUUAUCGUUUCCCAAAAACUAUAGCUGAUAUUAAGAACCCAUAUUACUUUACUAAACCGAAUCUCGUUAUUAAGAAAUUUACUUAUAAACGCGCUCCGAAACCAUUCUCUUCGGGUUCUGAACGAUACGCUUAUUUUGCUCUCAAUCUUACUCGUGAGCCGGCUGAGGAAAUUAUUAUAAAAGAAUGCGUUGAAAUUGGAAAAAAAGCAAACUCUCUUGAACGAUAUCUUGAGAUGAUAGAAACUUCAACCAUUGCCUAUUUUCUCUCAAAGCAAUUCAACGCAGCCGCUAAACUACUUGAUAUCAAGAAGAAGGUGAAUUUCCUCAAACCGCAAGCUUUGCGUCAUAAGGACGGCGGUGAAGUUAAAGUUAAAGACGGCGGUGAAGUUAAAGUUAAAGACGGCGGUGAAGUUAAAGUUAAAGACGGCGGCGAAGUUAAAGACGGUGGUGAAGUUAAAGACGGUGGUGAAGUUAAAGACGGCGGUGAAGUUAAAGACAGCGAAGGUGACAAAGAAGGUUCCAAUAUUCAAUGCUACACUAUAGAACCGAUGUUUCAUGAAACAUUUAAACG